AAUUCCUGUUUUUGACAUUUCCGUUUCUGGCUUUCUGCUGUAGCCUCUACAAAUUGUCCACGUCGACCAAGGGGGGUUUGUUAAAAGAAAAAAUAAACAAACCAAUUUGACUCUUGGGAAAAACGAUGGUUUGUGUUUGAGCUGGUCAUAGUCCUUUGUAUACAAUAAUAGUAUACAAUAAGUGAUAAAACUUCAUCUUAGUUGACUGUUGAUGAAAUCAAUUACAAGAAAGCACCAUGGCUUACCACACAUUACGCCAAGAGUAUAUGUUGAUGCCUCCAGUGACUCGGGCAUACACCACUGUUUGCUUGCUCACUUCAAUUGCAGUUCAACUGGAUGUGGUGUCACCUUUCCAACUGUAUUUCAAUCCUUUGCUCAUCACUCAAAAGUUUGAGAUAUGGAGGCUACUGACUCCAUUCUUCUUUUUUGGGACAUUCAGCUUCAAUUUUCUGUUCAACAUGAUUUUUACUUAUCGCUAUUGUAGAAUGUUGGAGGAGGGUUCAUUCAGAGGUAGAACAGCUGAUUUUGUUUACAUGUUCAUAUUUGGCUGCAUCACAACAGUGAUAUGUGCUUGGUUUGUAAAUUUAUUGUUCCUUGGACAUUCGCUCACCACGAUGUUCGUCUAUAUUUGGGCUCGGCGAAAUCCUUACGUUAGGAUGAAUUUCUUCGGCCUUCUACCUUUUCGAGCCCCAUAUUUGCCUUGGGUUCUCGUGGCUUUUUCAGUUCUUUUAGGCAAUAGCGUAUUGGUGGACAUUCUCGGGAUCGCCAUCGGUCACUUGUAUUUCUUCCUGGAAGAUGUGUUUCCUAAUCAGCCGGGAGGCAGAAGACUCUUGGCCACGCCUCGUUUACUGAAACUUUUGUUCGACACGCACACUGAAGACCCUCUUUACAAUCCGGCUCCUGACGAGCGUCCUGGGGGUUUCGAUUGGGGCGGUGCUGGUGCUCCGAGAGUGGCGGACGCAGCCGCCGACCAGCCGAGAGAAAACGAAAAUCAGUGAGGAAAAAGAGAAA